UUUAUAAUUAUAAAUAGAAGCUCAAUAAUGCAGUAGUUAGCUCUAUUACAACCAAAAUAAUACAAUAGUUUCGACGUUAAAACGUAAAGCACGAAUUCGCAGAAUAACUAAAAAUUAUUAUCUCGAGUUUUAUCAUUGGUACUGGCUGCAUCUGCAUUAACACCCACCAAUCGACAAUAGGUCAUGGCCCAUUAUCACUAUUCCAUUCCAUCCACAGGAACGGCCUGUACUCGAACAGUAGAAACAUAAAUAAUCUGAUGAUGAUGAUGAUGAUGAUGAUAAGCAACUAUUAUUAUGCCAAAUUUAAGCUCGAACCCUUCAGUAAUUUGAUCUGUUUAUCAAUAGAUCGAUAAUUUAUCUAUUCGUGAAAUAAAGGUACACAUGGCUCCACAUCUCCACAUCCGAGGUGUUGCCAUCUCUGAGGUCCCGGGUUCGAUUCCCGGUCGGGUCAAAGUAGAAAAUGAACUUAUUCUAUAUUGUCUCGGGUCUGGGUGUUGUGGUACCUUCGUUGUCUCAAAUACUCCACAAUACCACAAUACGGGGGCUUUAGCUACUCAUCUUGGUAUCCGAGCAAUGUGUGUGAUGUUGUUUAAUAAAACAUAAAAAAGCUAUGCUAAAAUAUAUAGUAGGAUAAUAAUGAUAAUUAUAUAAAAUAAGAAUUUUUUUUAGGUUAUUUAGAUUUUUUUUUGUCAAAAAUGAAUGAAAUAAAACGAAAAUCCAUCAAACUAUAACUUGUAUUCUAAUAGAUCCUGAAGAUUUAUGGAAGCUGAUAACAUCAGAAGUUCCAGUGUUCUCAUGGGAUGAAGAUGACGAGACACUGCCCAGCACCGUCAAGUCUAAAAGUACAAAGAAAUCAACUGCCAAGGAAACAACAGUGAUUGUCGCUGGUUAUCGAGAAGAACACGAAAAAACUGCCGCUAUGGUUAAGAAGGGAACAGCAAAAGACGGCGCUGCUAAUGCCACCGUCCCGUCACCAGGAGCCAGAGAAGAGCUGCGAGAAUGGGUCCAGUAUGAUGCAUUACAUACAUUGGUCAAGAAUUUCAACGUCUUAUAUUUCCCAUCUAUGUACCAGUUUACGUCUGCAGGAAAUAGUCCACCUGUCAGGAUCACCAAGGGAGCUUCAAACAAACCUAUCGACAUUGUAGCUCCCAAAUGUGCACCAUUCUAUUUACAAAUUGACGGGCCCGAAGAAAAUACUGUACGAAUUUCCUUAAAUAUGCUCCAUCCAAGAAUCAUGUUUAAUAGUGGAAUUCCAAUAUCAGAUUACAUAGAACCAGCCUAUCUUAUAUUGGAGAAAUUCGAAUGGUUUGUAGACUGCGAUUUGCCUAUAGCCAAGGCUUACAUCCAAACAAGAGGCUAUGAUUCUGUUGAAGUCACUUUUAAACCAGGGAGACACAUUUGCAGGUCGUACCAACCCGACUUAGAAUGGGAUUCGGAAAAAAUUGGGUAUAAUAAGGCACUCAUACAUUGGAUGUUCCGACAGGCAUUACAAUCUGUAUUGGCAAAACGACUUUCGCCUGUAGACUACCGAAACGUAUGCGGCGUAUUGCGAAGAUAUUUCUGUGAUCCUGAUUUUGGAUUACCAGACAAACCCAAACCUCAAAAAUCUCUAAGAGAUAUAGCAAAUAUGGACCCAUGCGACUGUCUUUUGCCUGAAGCAGAAGAAUUGGGUUUCGAAGAAGAAAUUGUAGAAGAACAAGAACAUGAAGAAAAGCCCUUGAUAGAUGAAGCAAAAAUGGCGCAACUCCUGAAAGCUCCUAAAUAUCCAGUAACAUCUCAAGUGUGUGAACUGGCAACUGAAGAGUUGCCUUGUGGAGUUCUAAAGGAAGAAAGGGAAAAGGUCAUAAAGAAACAUGAGGCAGCAACAGUAUUGCAAGCUCAUUGGAGAGGAACAUGGGCGAGAAAAUGUCUACAAUCUCAUGUGAUUUUCACACCCGAAAUCACGAAAAUUAUCAUGGAGAAUGCAUUUGGAAAUCUAGACGCAUUAUCGGCGUUGAUGAACGAAUUCUUCGCCAUGUUCCCCACUGUAAAGCCGGCAUUCUCCGUUGCUUCAGCAUUAACAGGAACUUAUGGUGUUCGUCAGUUCAAUGGCGUUACACCAGUAACGGUAAACUACAAAUGGAUACCAUACUUCCAAGGAGUUUUUUAUUGCCACGAACCAGUCAAAGUGCAUUUUGAUCUACAAAGCUCACUCCAGUUUAGCACAAUAGCUGUAUAUGAUAAUGAUACUGGGUUACAAAAGCCUCAAGUAUUCAAUGCUCAUAUCACUUUUGAUUUCAGUCCAAACAAUUUGGGUUAUACUGUUAUAGGACACGGCACCCUAAAUCAUCCAGUGGCUACAAAUGCAGAAAGUCAUUGGCAGCUUACAGUGCUCUCAAGCAUCAAUGAAGCCUUCCACAUCUGCGAUAAUGAUGCAGAUGGAUGCAAAGAGCAGCAACUACCUCACUCUUUCAAAUUACACAUUGAUGAAAUAUAUUUACCGAACACGAGAAAUAUACUGGGAGGCAUACAGAUAUCUGUCUUGAAAAACGAAGUUGUAAGUUUUAGAGCUGCUGCUACAUCGCCAGAGCUUGAAAUAGAAGUGAAACUACGAAAACUGGUAGAUGGCCAAAAACAGGAGAUCGCAAGGUGCGCAGGAAAAGGAGAAGUGUUCUGGCCGUACGUAAAACUAGAAGCUCAGCCACUUAAUGAACCUACGAUAAGUAAAGAAAGGCAGCAUGGCAGUGCUAGAUCAGUCAAAACUCCGGUCACAAAGCCCUUGGCUAGUGGAGGCAAGAAUAAAUCUAUUACAAAGCCAGCAUCAGCUAAAAGCAAAGAUAAAGAAAAGGAGCAACCAGCAGCGUCUAAUCAACGACCACCUAUGCCCGAUGACGCAUUUGUCGUUAUAGAAUGUGCCCUAGCCAUAGGGGGAGGAGCGUUUGCUAGGCGUGAUGACGAUAGAGAUCUAGAACUCGCAGCUGCCAUCAAAUCCUGGGACUUGAAAGAACCUGGGAGAAACCUAAGGGGUGCUCAAAUAAGAAAAGAGUUCAGAACUGAGUUCUUAGAAGCAGUAACAGUGCCUCCGUCUGAAAGUGAACACACUUUACUUGAGGAGGCAUUCUUCGAAGAAAUUGGGGAAGAAGAUAAAAAGGAUGAUAUACAACAACAGCAAGGUCCAACACCAGCCUCAGAGAGUGGAAUUCUCGAGAUGACGGUGGAAAGCGAGGAAGAGGCAAAGUAUUUAGUGAUGCCGGAACAACUGAAAGACAAAUUCAUUCCGUUGUACUUUGUACCUUUGUGUAUGAGGGAGAAGGACGAAAACUUGUGCGUGCUGAUAACGCCUGAUCGAGCGGAGGCAGCAAAACAAAAUCGUCAGGCGCGUAUAGAAGCGGCAUUGAAUCGCAUGCGGGAGUUGCAGGUGUAUAACGAGUCGUUUGUGCUUGGCAAACAGAAAAUGAGGUGCCAACUGCUGGAGAAACUUUUUAUUGACAGUCAAUGGAAUCCAGAACUAACCCAAGUCUUAGAAGCUCGUGACGAAGCGAUCACCACGGAAAUUCUGAACCGCACUUUAUCGGCUACAAAGAAAAAGCAAGAUUCUAAGAAGAAGUAA